UCACAUGCCAAAAUGUGGAUUCAAGUUGUGGCGAUGGGGAUCCCUGCUUUGCUGACUUGACUUGGCGUAACGGCAGCUUUUCGGAAUUAUAGAACACCAGCGGGUGUGCUCGCUCCCCAACUUGGCGGCCCCAACGGACAUUACCAGUGGUCCCACCGGGCCCCGAACCAAUCUACGCCGUUUGGCAACUCGAACCCGAGCCCUCGGGCCGGCCCAAUGCCGGAUUUGCUAGAUUUGCCGGAUGUUGGAAACGAACUGCUGCCGUUCAUGAAGCCAUUCCCGGCCAAAAUAGAUGAGGCUGACCUGCAGUAUCUGCGGCGCAAGGAUGCUCUGGCACUCCCGGUCCCAAAACUCGAAAACGCGCUGAUCAGCGCAUUUGUCGAGUUUGUGCAUCCGUUUAUGCCCGUUCUGGACCUAGAAAAAUUCCUCGGCGUCGUCAACCAGAGAGAUGGCCAAAAUGGCAAAGUCAGCCUGCUUCUCUACCAGGCUGUAUUGUUCGCCGGUGCUGCCUUUGUAGACGCUGGAAUCCUCAGAGAAUCCGGCUACACGAACAGGAAGGAGGCCCGGAAAUACUUCUUCUCCAGGGUGAAAAUUAUCUACGACAUGGACUACGAGACGGAUAAUAUGGUCCUAGUGCAGUCCUUGCUGAUGAUGACUUAUUGGUACGAGACACCAAAUGAGUCAAAGGAUACUUGGCACUGGCUAGGCAUUGCCGUCUCACUCGCGUUAAUGUCUGGUCUUCAUCGCGAUCCAAAAACCCUCCCCGUGCCCCCCAAAGACCACGGUCUGCGGAAGCGAAUUUGGUGGUCUUUGUUCAUGCGAGACCGCCUCGUGGCUCUCGGGAUGCGGCGGCCCACUCGGAUCAAGAAGGAGGAUUGUUCCGUGCCAAUGUUGCAAGAGUCCGACUUCGACAUCCGAGUUAUCGCUGUCGAUACAGAGCCUCAGUGCGUGCUACUCCGAGACACGACCAUGCAGCAUCAGUUGGUUACGAUGUGCGUCGAGAAGGCGAAACUGUGCGUCUGUAUUAGUCACAUGCUAGACGCGCAGUACACGGUGCUCACGAGCGAGGUCGUGCAACCAAACAACGAUCUCAGCAUGCUGCUGUAUCCGAAAAAGAGUCUCUCUAACAGGGAGGUCGUCGAGAAGGUCCAUGGCGAGUUGGAAGGGUGGCUCAAUAACCUCCCAGAUUGCUGCGUACGCCGGCCACUGACGCUAGCAGAUAUCGAGGAAGGCAGCAAGGCGAUUGCGGUUCACCGCAGCCUUCUCCACCUGAUUUGUCACACCACCUUUUCGGCGUUGCACCGGCCACAGUUCCUACCAACGCCCCAAUUUCCAAUUCCACCCGAGUUGGUCGAGGUCCGAGAGCUGGCUAAAAAACGAGUACGCCACGCGGCAGAUCAGAGUAUUACACUGGGUAGAGAGCUACAUCGGCUCGGCUUGGACAGAUACAUACCAACUACAGGAGUCACUGUCUUUUUGCCUGCCCUGCUCAUUCAACUCUAUUAUAUCCAGGAUGGGGAUCCCGCUGUUGUCCAUCGCGCCAAAGACAACUUUAGGGACGGCGCGGAAGUGAUGAAAGUCCUCAGCGAGAGCUACCCUGCUGCCAGCUUUGGACUUGAAUUCUUGGCUGCCGCAUUGGCAAGAUACCGCCUUGACGGAAGCUGGCUGUGGAAUGGAGCUGCGAGCUCGAGACCAUGGGAAAGGCCGGUUCAGAUGGCGGAUUCGGUGACACCGCCGGCCGAGAACGCAAGAUAUCUUGGCGACGCCAAGUUCCAGCUGCCGUUAGACCCUAGCAUGGUGUACAAUUCCUCUAGCGCCGAGGCCAAUCCCACCCAAUUAGAGCCGACUCGUGGAAUGCCGAUGGCAAUGACGCCGCCGGCUAUGAACGAUCCGAUAUUUAGCAACGUGACAGGCCUGCCCAUGGGAGGAGACAAUGGGCAGGAAGGCGUGGGUGGCUCGUCCCAUCCAGAGACAAACGCCGAGUUCAACUUUGACUCUUGGCUUCAAUACCCAGCCGAAGGUGUCAGCAAUAACGACGAGCAGUUCAUGAACGUGUUCAAUGGCGCAGAGCAGACGCCCGCCCAGGGGUCUACUUCCUACCCCAAUACGACUGUCGAGUUUCCAGGCGUGGGAGUCUUUGGGGGACCGCUUAUGGGAGCAUGAACGACAGCUGCCACGCCAGCACGCAUCUGGACAGGACGCUCCCCCGUGUUCGAUAUAGACGGAGAUGGCUGCUGUGAUACG